GCUCACUCUGAACUUUCUUCAAAGAAACUUGAUGCAAGCAUAGUCGAAAACAAUAAAAGUUUGAUUGCUGUGCUUAAACGAUUAUGGAGAGUUCGUUACCAUUUAAACGUGUUAUUCCGUUCUAUGGAGUCACGAAAGUCACGAAAGAGUAUCACGACUGGCAUGGAAAGAAAAGCUAAAUUCGUUGCAUUUAUUUCUACCGAUCUCCAAUCGAUUCAUUCUCAAGACCUUAUUCAUCGAGAUUUGCAUAAUGGUAAUGUUUUACAAAAUGUACUCUAUAAUGCAUAUAUCGCAGACUUAGGUCUUUCAAUGUCUUGA